CAUGAGUGCAAAGUGCCCUCUCGCGCUCUGCCUCCCUCCUCUCCCGCUCGCAGUCUGCGCGCGAGUGAGUCCAAGCGAGGAGCGGCGAGUUCCCUGCCUCGAGCAGCCCAAUCUCGGCGAGCCCAUCCCAGCCGGAGGGGGGAAGCGAGGAGCCCCCAGAUCCAGCCCGAAAGAGACGGCUCGGCCCGGCGCUCCCAGGCAGCCAAGCCCACAGCCCACGGCAGCUGGGCCGACACCUCCACGUACGUCCAAAAUGCAGCAGCAACAACAACAGCGCCGAAUGUUCGCAGCCGCCCUCUUGGCGUUCAUUUUCAUUCUGGCAGCCAUGGGCACUACUGAGGCUGGCAAAAAAGAGAAACCAGAGAAGAAAGUAAAGAAGUCUGACUGUGGGGAGUGGCAGUGGAGUGUGUGUGUACCCACCAGUGGAGACUGUGGCCUAGGGACCCGCGAGGGCACUCGCACUGGAGCCGAGUGCAAGCAAACUAUGAAGACCCAAAGGUGUAAGAUCCCCUGCAACUGGAAGAAGCAGUUUGGAGCGGAGUGUAAAUACCAGUUCCAGGCCUGGGGAGAAUGCGAUCUGAAUACCGCCUUGAAGACUCGAACUGGGAACCUGAAGAGAGCCCUUCACAAUGCUGACUGUCAGAAAAUUGUCACCAUCUCAAAGCCCUGUGGGAAGCUUACCAAACCCAAACCUCAAGAACCCAAGAAGAAGAAAAAGGAAGGCAAGAAACAGGAGAAGAUGCUGGAUUAAUAGAAGCCUUGCUGGGCAGCAGGAGAAAGGGACAUCAGCAAACGUGAUCAGUUAACAGUUUCAUUUACAUCUAGACGAUUUACCCUAAAAUUAUUUAUAGCUUAAUUGUACAAUAGGAGGAAACACACACACACACACCUUUUUUAAAAAUUUUACUCUAGUAUUUUUUAAUGUAUAACCCUAACAACAUUUUAGAGGCCUGCAAUAAAGAACUGUAAUUUCAUUCAGAAAAUUAUUUCUACAGUAUAUUGAAAAAUGUAGAGUAUUUUAAGGUAUUUUUUCCCUCAAGUCUUAUUUUAGGUGUUGAUACGGACAAGUUACUCCAUGCAGGCAGAGCCUUGAGCCUCUGGAAGUCAAUGGGGCAGUGUGUGGGAGCAGGAGUCUGCCCAGGUGCAGUAACGUGUAGGAUUCAGGCCUUAGAUUUGAAACAAACAGGACUUUUUUUGGGAGAGUGGGGGCAGUCUUUUAAGAUUCUUGUCACAGCUAGAGAACUGUGUGGAAACUGUCUGGGGUGGGUGGGAAGGUUUAGUAUUUGCUGGCAAAAAGUAAGAGGGGGGUGGGACAGUAAGUAUUCAGUUCAAAUUACUACUGUUUAAAAUCUCAUUGUUUCUACCACUGGCACUUUAUUGGCAGCAAGAAUGGUGAAAUCCUCUCUCUAGAAAGCGGGGCUUGGCAAAGUCCUCAAUUUUCAUAGUGUGACACUCGGCUGAAAAAGUGCUUGUCAUAGUGAAACAACACCAAAACUCACCUUGAAUUUUUCAUGAAAACAAAAGGAAACAGAGAAAAAUGUUUCCCUCUCUUUACCUGAAAUCCUGAAAAAAUACCUUUAUCCCUCCCUUCCCCAGCAGGGGAAUAUCCUUUUCAUGCGGUCUUGUUGGGAGCAUUGGGUUUUUUCCUUAGCCAUCUCCCAGUGAUGUCAAUGUGAGCCUCCCUAUUGAUUUUAAUUGGAACUGGUUGAGAAAUCGUAUUUUCACCAGAAAAAAAUUGAAAUACAUGAUUUUUUUUUAAAUGGUCAUGGAAUUUUUCAAAUUUUUCCAGGAAACAAAAAUGGAAAAUAAUUGUUUUUUGAAACCAAAAAAAAAAAAAAAAAUUCAUUCACCCCCUUCCUCUCCCCUUUUAUCCCAAUAGAAAAAAAAGAGAAAGUGAAAAUCAAGAAAGGUUUUGUUUUUCAUUAAAAUUGGAAAAUUUCAGUCAAAAUAAUUUUUUUCUGUGAAAAAUUUCAUUUAAAAAGUUUUUUUUGGGGGGGAAAUGUUGAUUGGAAAAAAAUUACAAGCCCUAAUUUUAAUAGAUAUUGGGUCUGUCCUUUUUUGAGGAUACAGGAGGGCUGAUCAUUUCUUAUUUUAGCCCACUAUUUCACUUGACUGUGAGGUCCAGGGAAAAGGGAUCUGUUAUAUGGAGUUAAAGUGCUACCCAGCUGGAUCCUGGAAAGUCCCGUGGAGAAGACUGGUUUUUCACUCAAGACAGCAUUUAGAUUAGGAGUUUAAGGAAUUUCAGUGCCCAAGUUCCACUGAAUUUGCAUUUGAAAAUCCCAACCUUAUAGUACAAAGGAUAGGAUUUGGCUGCAUAGGAAAGCAGGAAUUUUUGCAGGAAGUCCUAUGGCCUGUGUUAUGCAGGUCAGACUAGAUUAUGACAAUGGUCCCCACUGGACUUAAAAUAUAUGAAUCAAUGCGAACCUGCCGACAUCAGUGGUUUUGCACUGGUGUAGGGGGAGUCCAUCUGAACAGAUCAUGCUACAGGAUUGGGACAUGGCUUGUAGAAAUUGUGGAGCUUCCUUUCCUCACACUAACACACUAAAAUCCCACCACCACCAUAUCAAAUAAACUACAGGCACAUCGUCUUUGUGUUCCCCCUGGUUCUGGAAUGGAAAGGAUGCUUUAGGCUACCUCUUGCAAGGCAGAAGUUCUCAAACUGUUCUCCAGAGCCCUCCUUCAUCCCUUGCAGCCUGUAACAGUGUGAGACACGAGCAGUUGCUGGAAAGGAAGGUGGUUCCAGGAGGGAAGAGUUUCUUUCACUCAAAGACUUGCCAACACACAGAUGUGCACAGCUUACUAAGGCUUGGUUUACACUUAACACUUAUGCAAGCAUAAGUAUGUUGGCCAGAGAUGUGAAGAACACACACCCCUGGUUGGACAUAGCUGUGCCCACCACACUCCCAGUAUAGAUGCAGCUAUGGCAACACAAGAGCAUAGCUUCUGUGAGCAUAGCUAUUGUUAUAUGGGGAGGUGGGGUUCUUAUGUCGAUGGGGUUCUCUUGGUCUACACUGGGGGGCUAUGCCCAUGUAGCUGUGCUGGCAUAGGCUUUGUAGAGGAGACAUAGCCGAAAGAUGUGAUGUUGUCCCAGUGUAGUGAAACUGGUGCAGCUUUGCAUAUGGACGCUCGUAAAUCAUUUUAAACCUGGCUUACCUUGGUGUGGCUUGCCUCUAUUAAAUGAGGAGCUGUCAGGAGUUAAGAAUGCUGCAGAUAGACAGCCUCAUUCUCCUCUGAUAUACACGGGGCUAAAAGUUUUAUAAAGAGACUGCUUUCCCAUCCCACCUGUAAGGGGUUAGAAGUGGAUGUAAGUGGCCCGCUUCAGGAAUGGUUUCCAUCUUCAUUUGCUACAGCUAUAAUAUGGCCCUGAGGGAAUGAUAAGUAUCCCUAAAAUAACAUGACCUCCUAGGGACACUAAAAGCUAGUAGAGAGAGAUGAAAUGCCAUGCUUUGACUUGAGAUGCAUCUGAAUGCAAACCCUGGAUUCAAACACCUGCAAAUUUGGGGACAUUGGGAUCUAGAUUCAGAAGCUUGCGAUACUGUAUAGUUUUAACAUUGCUCCUGACAGAAACACCCCAUGCUGAAAGGGAGCCCCUGUUUGUAACACUAAGACUGUGUCACCCCCCAGUCAGGAUCAUCUAAUGAUGUAGUGCCAUUCCUUCCAGAUCUACUCUUCAGCGGAGAGGGAUGUUGCAAUUUUGACGACCAUAAAAAUCAGCAGUCGGAAGCAGCAGCUUGCUUGGGUUCCUGGUUCAGAAUAGCUAGGUGCCAACUCAGAAAUCAUUCUAUUAACACCACUUGUGUCCACUUCUCAUGUCUCUUUCUCUCUGUGGAGCAGGACUGAUGUGGGAAUUGGCUGGAAGAGCCGUUCACAGUGGAGAAAAAGGUGGGGAAGGGGAAUCUCCAUUUCCAUUCUUUAGGCCCUGUCAGGGGGCAUCUCCUGUGAACCUUCAAUAGUUUUCCAGGGGUUAUUCUCUCUAAAGGAGGGUUCCCCACUAAAUUUUGACAAAGUUGGAGGGUUUCCCUUUGAGCUCCUCCCAGGCUUCUGAAGGCAUUGCUGGGACUCCUCUCCAAACCUGAGCAAAUGAUGGUUGGAGGUUUGAAACUGCAAUAGCAUUUUUGGCCGGAGGGAGUGGUGAGGAAAAGGUCUUGUUCAGGGUGAUCCAAAGGUAACCUCUGAAUGCAGUCACAAGCCUUACCGCUUCCUUCUCCAGAAAUCUCUAGUUCUCCCUGCUCAGCCCCUUCACCCCAGCACCAGCAGGUCACUGCUCUCAAAAAUCUCUCUUUGUUUAUUCCUGGCACACAGAACUGUGGGCUAUGGUGGAUCAUUGGAUGCUUUUUUGCCCAUUUUGUGAGUCCUGCACAAAAUUAAGUUGAGAAUUAAUGGGACCCCUGGAAUUAGGAAGAGGCUGCCCAAAUUACAUGGGAAGAUGGGCUUCUUAGUGAAGCCCUUUCCUGACAAGUCUUCUCUAGCUGGGGGCUUCCUGGUAGUGUGGAACACAUCAUAUGCAAUGGAAAACUAGGGACUCCAAAUGUAAAGGAGAACCGUUUCAAACCCACAAGGCCCCUUUUUCAAGUUAAACUGGGAAAACAAUGGAGAUUACCCUGACAGCUUCGGUGGGGUUAAGGGUGAGGGGGUAGAACUUAAAGGGUGGUCAGAAACUGUUUGAGGACGUUAUGGCUUGCAGAAAUAAACCCUUGCUCCUUCAUUGCUCUUUAGCAGUAAGCCUUCCUGGUGUUUUCUUUUGUCUAUAGAACUCCUUAAAGUCAAAAGAGGCCCUGAUUCCAUUUGGUUUCUUCCAGCCUUUGACUUCUUGAAUGCUGGAUGAGCUGCCUAUGAUGCAACUGUACCCACAGUUCUCUUAUUAAAUGUCUGACAAAGAGCUUCCUAUUUUCAAAAGCAAUUGCCCAUAUUCAGUCUUUGGUGAAGACCGAAGAGGUGUUCCCCAAUCCAGGCCACUUCAAAAGGCCAUUUAUGGUUCUAAACAGAGUAAGGGAAUUUUGCAGAGAGAAGGCUGCAGCUUUGAAUUCCAUGAGGUAAAAGUAAGAAAAUUUACAGCCUAUGCUUCCUAUCCAUCCUUACCUUCCUGUAAUUAAUUAUACAGCCUGAAUCUCCUCAUCCUAAUCUGUCUGGCAACAGGGAACUAUCUAGUCUCCCCAGUUAAUCGUUAUACUUUCAGUGUGGUAAUUAUGUGAUUCAUUCAGAGUUUCCCAGUUGGGAACAGCUUUGACUCUUCAGAGAUUUUUUUUGCAUCAUCGAUAGGUCUUAACAGGAAAGCAGGCUACUACUUUGCUCAGAGCUAGAAAUUGGCUAACAAGGAUGUCACUAAGCAGGCACAGCACCUUUCUAGAAAACAGUAUUUAUAAAAACUACAAAGGGUGACUCCAUGAUUCAAAAUGUAUCUUGAAAAAUGUGACACCAAUCUCAAAUAAUAAAAAUAGAAAGGGCCCUUUCUCUUGUGUAAUGAAUUAUACCUGGGCAAAGUGAGCACAAUGACUUCAUCAGAUACAGUCCAGCAGAGAAUCAUGGCCAGCAGCUCUAUUAUUUUAGAGCCAAGAGUAGUCAAGCAGAGUGCAAAACAUUCUUCAAAACAAAGACUAAGAUCUCUGUCUCAGAGUGAUGUUCUCUUCUACCACCGCCAUGUAAAGGGAAAGCCAUAGUGCCCUCCCCUGUCCUUGCUGCAACUUCCUUUCAGAGGGAUCCAUUCAGAAGUGUUUGAACAUAGGAACAGGGGAUGGGGGGCGGAAGGGGGGGAAGAGGAUGGUUUAUGUUGCUGCAAAUAAAAUAAAAUAAAAUAAAAAUAAAACCCUCCCAAUCCCUGUAGUUGUGCUGUUAAAAAUGUCAACAGGAAUGAAUGACUUACAGGCUAAAUAUUGCACUCAAUGAAUUUCUAAAUAUGUACAUAAAACCUCACCUUAUCUGAUGUAUUCUCAUGGGUUCUUUCCUUUUCCUUUUCUUUCUCUCUCUUUUUUUUAAAUUUGUACAUUGAUUUUGUAAGCUAGCUGUGUGUUAUCUUUUUGAUAUUUUUUUAAACUUGUAUGAAAGCCAUAUAUACACAUUAUAGGAUGAAAGCAUUAAUCCUGUAACAUUCCUUAAUGAUUCCCUUGGCUUGGCAGGAUUGUAAGAGGUCCUAGAGAAUAUAUAUAUUUACUGAUUGUAUCAACAUAAUUUACUUGCUCUUAGUGGAGGUGAAGAUGUUAAAUAAACUAAUACA